GGGACUGAAGAGACGUCGCUCCCCUCAGGCUUCGCCGGGGAGCUCUUGGGGCCGGUUCGCAGCCGGCAGCCUCGGGAACACUGCGGGCUGGCGUCGGAUGUGACUGCCUACCUGGAAUAUCUCAAGUUCUUAGAAGUUUUCAGUGUAUGCCCAAGGAAAUUGUAAUAAUUUGGGAACCUGGGAAGUCCAAGAUCAAGGUGAUGGCUGAUUUUUUUCCCCGGCCUUGGGAUGUUCAAGACACCUGGCAAUCUUAGUAAGAUUGUUACAGAAGCUUACAGAAGCCCAGUCUCAACAACUGUCCCCUCCUCCUGUGCUAUCAGUUUUGCUUGUGUUGUUCGGCAUACCUGGCAAUCUUAUUGGACUAGGUUCAAGACUGCUGGGUCAGCAGGUGGCAGUUCAUAUAAAGGAAGCACUGGGACUUGUGCUACAAGGCUACACCCUUCAAGAAUAAAAAAAAAAUUAGAGAAUGGAACCAACACGUGUAUUAUAUGAGGAAGAACAAGAGCUGGCACCACAGAAGAGCACAGAAGAAAGAAAACGGGCAGACGAAGAAGAUGGAGAGCUGAUCUUUGUUGGAGUGGAACAUGUAGAUGAUGAUGCUGAGCUGAUCUUUGUUGGGGUGACUUCAGAUUCAAAACCAGUCAUUUCAAACAUUUUGAACAGAGUCACCCCAGGUUCAUGUUCAAGGAGAAGAAAGUAUGCUUAUCCUAGAAAAGAUACUGCUCACAAAAUACGGCCUGUAAGUCAUGUCACCCCUACGUCAGAAGCAGUGACUGUCUUGCCAGUUUCUGAAUCUGAAUCAAGAUUAACAGAUAGUCCUGUUAUUAUCAUUGAGCCUUUGUCUAAACCUGAUUGUAAAAGUAAUUCACCACAUGUUGUGCCUAAUAGCUCUUCAGAGUUAUGUUCUCCUUUGAUUACAUUCACAAGUUCAUUGCAGCAUCCAGUAGGAGCAGCACUUUCUGUAGGAAGUUGUGUAUCGAAGCAACUUGCCACUUCUGAAGUAAACAGCAUAAAUCCCAAAAGGCCUAAACUCAGUAAUGGAAUCACAGGGGGACAUUCUUCAGCUUUAUCCUCUUCAGGAAUCUUUCAUACAAUUAUUUCUCAACAGACCACACCCUCAAAUGGUGUUCAUACCUCAUUAAGCCCUAUUCAGAAUGGAGCACCUUUUCCAACAGCUUAUCCAAAGGACAUUGUUCAUUUCAAGACUAUAAAUCCUGUUAGGGAAAAUAGACAGACAAAACCAGACUUUUCAAGUCUAGUAAGUCAAAACAAGACUGUUGAUCCCAAGAAAGGAAAUCUGAUCAUGUUACUUCAUGACUUUUACUAUGGACAGCAUAAAGGAAAUGGGCAGCCAGAAAAAAAGACCCACACAGCCUUUAAAUGCUUCAGCUGCUCGAAAGUUCUAAAAAAUGUCAAGUUUAUGAAUCACAUGAAGCAUCAUUUGGAACUUGAGAAGCAGAGGGGUGACAACUGGGAAGUCCACACCACCUGCCAGCACUGCCACCGGCAGUUUCCCAGUCCCUUUCAGCUGCAGUGUCACAUUGGAAGUGUGCACACUGCCCAGGAGCCCUCUGCUGUCUGUCGAAUUUGUGAAUUGUCAUUUGAAACAGAUCAGUUUCUCUUACAGCACAUGAAGGACAAUCACAAGCCUGGCGAAAUGCCCUAUGUGUGCCAGGUUUGCAGUUACAGAUCUUCGGUCUUUGCUGAUGUGGAAACACAUUUCAGAACAUGCCAUGAAAACACUAAGAAUUUGCUUUGUCCAUUUUGUCUCAAAAUUUUCAAAACAGCAACACCCUACAUGUGUCAUUAUAGAGGACACUGGGAAAAGAGUUUUCAUCAAUGUUCCAAAUGCCGACUACAGUUUUUAACUUUCAAGGAGAAAAUGGAGCACAAGACCCGGUGUCAUCAAAUGUUUAAGAAGCCUAAGCAACUAGAAGGGUUGCCUCCUGAAACUAAAGUUGUUAUUCAAGUAUCACUGGAACCUCGUCAACCGGGGUCAGUGGAAGUAGCAUCCAUUACUGUGAGCACAUCUGAUUGUGAAUCAUCACCCCUCAGGGCCUAA